CCCACCCCUCACACUUCCGGCCGAGCGGCAGAGCGACAGCGUUCGCCGACCGGAGCGGAGGGACGAUGAACCGGAUCCGGAUCCACGUCCUACCGACAAACAGGGGCCGCCUGACGCCCCUGCCCAGGCUGCAGGAGCCCCAGGCCUGUUCCUUCACCCAUCGGCCAUGCUCACAGCCCCGCCUGGAGGGCCAGGACUACUGCCUCAAGCACAUACUGGAGGACAAGAACGCCCCGUACAAACCCUGCAGCUACGUUUCUUCCAGGACAGGCAGGAGGUGCACCGCGCCUGCUCCCAAACCUGACAAGAGGGACGCGGUGGCGUACUGCACUGAGCACGCUCGCAAGGCAAUCCUCUCUGCCCAGCAGCCAUCCCACAGGGGCAGCAGCAGCACGGGGCCAACCCCUGAGGCACUGCUCGCUCAGCUCAGCGGCUACGUGAAAGGAGAGGCAGCAUCCCAGGACCAUAGCCGCAGUGAAGCCAGCAGGAUCCUCGAUGACGACAGCUGGAGCGAGGGGGAGCCGGACCCAGUGCUGCUGGAUCAGACGUGGCGCGGGGAGCCAGACAGUGAAGCAGACAGCGUCGACAGUGAUCAGGAAGACCCACUGAAACAUGCUGGUGUAUACACAGCGGAGGAGGUGGCCCUGGUGAUGCGGGAGAAGCUGAUCCGCCUGCAGUCCCUCUACAUUGACCAGUUCAGGCGCCUGCAGCACCUGCUCAAGGAGAGGAAGAGACACUACCUGCAGGCGUGCAGAUUGGAGCGCGAGGGCUUUGCUGGGGGCUUACUGCCUGAGCCGGACACUCCCUCGACCCGGGACCGUGUUGACCGGCAGAAGCUGAGGGCCCUGAGACGUUACCGCAGGCGCUACGGGGCAGAGGCACUGCUGCACCAGCAGCUGAAGGAGCGCCGCUUACUGGCCACAGAGGGGACUGCACAGCAGCUACAUGCGGCCUCUCUCCGCUCAGCCCAGAGGUGUACGGUGGUGACUGAAGGUGCCCGGUGCUCUGCUCCCUCGCUCCCAAUGAGCAGACACUGCACGUCCCACAUCCUGCAGGACCCGGGCCAGGUGCUGUUCAAGGUGUGCCCAGGGCUGAGCGAGGUGCCCUGUGCCAAGCCGAUGAUGCUGUGCCUGUCUGAGGAACCACGCUGUCCCCUGCACCUCCAGGUGCCCCCCCUGAUGUACCGCCCGGAGGCUGGGGGAGACUGGGCGUCCCAGCAGUUGGGUGGCACCUCGGAAAUGUACCUGAGUGCGGCAGAGCUACAACCCACCGAGAUCCUGCCCCUGGAGUUCAGCGAUGAUUGCCUGGACGUGGUCGGGGAUGACUUGCCGUGCCCUCCCUCUCCACUGUUGGAUGCCACUGUUGGGUGUUCCGGGGACCGUUCAGCCGGUGACCUGGAUGGUCCGUCAGGGAGGACUGGGCUCCGUCGGGAAAGCUGUGAGCUGAGCUCUCGCCAGCGCUCUGUAUCAGGCAGUCUGCGCUCAGUCAGUGAGCCUGGCCGUGUAACCACCCGGGCAGCAGGAGCGCUGAGCCAGGAUGCCUCGCAGACUGACUGCCAGCCGCAGAAGAACAGAGACCAGAAUGGAGCCAGGGAGGCAGCGAGCUGAAGGGAACUGGGAGGCCGCGCAUGUGCCUGUCUGUCUGUGUCUGUCUCGGUGUGUGUGUGUCUGUCUCGUGGGUGUGUGUGUGCCUCUGCCUCUGUGUGUGUGUGUGCGUGCGUGCGCGCAGUCUUGUCUGUGGGGUGUGCACGUUCCUGCUGAGGAGCUCCCUCGGACCCAAGGGGAGUGGGGAACCACCCUCCGAGACGAGAGGCAGGAGACACCUCUGACACACCCUCCCCUC